AUGGGAGCAUCUAAUUUCACACAAGUGAUUUCCGUUGGAGUUGUUUCGUUCCUCACAGGCUACUAUGUUCAUCAAUGGUUGAAUUCCAAGAGCAGCAGACCUAGAACCAGAUCCAGCAUUAGAAAGGUCACAUCUUCUUCCGAAGAGUCUACUGAGGAGUCUUUUGAAGAAGAUUCGGACGACGAAGGUAUCGAUAUCAAUUCCACCUCCCUAAACGAAAUACCUGGAGAAGUCCGUAUGACUUUGGUAGUUCGUCAGGACUUGAAAAUGGGCAAAGGUAAGGCUGCUGCACAAUGUCUGCAUGCCACAUUGGCUCUCUACAAAAAGAUCACCAACCCCCAGUCAGAUGCUUAUAACCCAGACAUGGUGAGAAGAUGGGAAUAUGGAAAUGGACAGGCCAAGAUCACAUUACAGGUUCCAAAUGAAGACGAAAUGGAUACUUUGUUUGCACAAGCCAUUUCUUUAGGUGUCAAUGCUUAUGUAGUUCAUGAUGCCGGAAGAACUCAAAUCGCUGCUGGAAGUGCCACUGUACUUGGAUUAGGUCCAGCUCCAAAAUUAGUGUUGGACCAAAUCACCCUGGAGUUGAAAUUGUACUAG